CACAAACCCCCAGCCCCGCCGCCGCGUGGGUGUCCGGCAGAGGCGGCCUCCUGGGUCCCCACCCAGUCGGGUGGCCACCCUUCACUUUCCCGACUCUGUUCGCGAGCCCGGGCCAGAGCCCUGCGGCCCCCGUCCGCCCCCAGUGAGCUAUGCGGGCGGUGCCCUCCGCAGUCCCUCCGCCCUCCGCCUCUGUGCCCACCCCCUCGCCAGAGAAAGUGCUGGUAACGCCUUCCCUGCAGCCGGGUUACCUGCUCCGCGCGGCUGUGGACACGUGCGGAGGUCGGACUGACACACGCAGCUCCCUCGGCCGGCCUGAGGCGGCUAGGCCCCUCAGGUGAAAUAAGUUUGGACUGAGAAGCGCUCAGGCAGAGACUAUGUAAUCGCCUCGCUGUCUGGGCAGAGGACUGCGCUUCGGGGAGGAAAGAGGAGGGAUCGGCUUGCUCCUCCGGCGGCGGCGACGACUCGGCAGGCGGAGUUUCGCGGCGGCGGCACCAGGGCUGCGCCCGCCCGCGGGGAGGUAGUUCCAUCGAGCCCCGGCGGCCGCGAGAGCUAGAGUCCCGGAGCCGACGCGGCGAGGGAGAGGUCGAUCGAGUUCCGCGGCGCGAGGGAGUGGGCUAGGGAGCCCGGGAGGAGGUGAGCGGCGGCCGCGAGCGAUUCGAGCGCGCCUCUCACCCGCCCCAGCGGCGCCUCUCGGGCCGGCGUCCGGGCGGCAUGGAGAAGGACGGCCUGAGCCGCGCGGACCAGCAGUAUGAGUGCGUGGCGGAGAUCGGGGAGGGCGCCUAUGGGAAGGUGUUCAAGGCCCGGGACCUGAAGAACGGAGGCCGUUUCGUGGCGCUGAAGCGCGUGCGGGUGCAGACGGGCGAAGAGGGCAUGCCGCUCUCCACCAUCCGCGAGGUGGCGGUGCUGAGGCACCUGGAGACCUUCGAACACCCCAAUGUGGUCAGGUUGUUUGAUGUAUGCACAGUGUCACGAACAGACAGAGAAACCAAACUAACGUUAGUGUUUGAACAUGUUGAUCAAGACUUGACCACUUACUUGGAUAAGGUUCCAGAGCCUGGAGUGCCCACUGAAACCAUAAAGGAUAUGAUGUUUCAGCUUCUCCGAGGUCUGGACUUCCUUCACUCUCACCGAGUAGUGCAUCGUGACCUAAAACCACAGAACAUUCUGGUGACCAGCAGUGGACAAAUAAAAUUGGCUGACUUUGGUCUUGCCCGAAUCUACAGUUUUCAGAUGGCUCUUACCUCAGUGGUUGUCACGCUGUGGUACAGAGCUCCAGAAGUCCUGCUUCAGUCCAGCUACGCCACCCCCGUGGACCUCUGGAGUGUUGGCUGCAUAUUUGCAGAAAUGUUUCGUAGAAAGCCUCUUUUUCGUGGAAGUUCUGAUGUGGAUCAACUAGGAAAAAUCUUGGACGUAAUUGGACUCCCAGGAGAAGAGGACUGGCCUAGAGAUGUUGCCCUUCCCAGGCAGGCUUUUCAUUCAAAAUCACCCCAACCGAUUGAGAAAUUUGUAACAGAUAUUGAUGAAUUAGGCAAAGACCUGCUUCUGAAGUGCCUGACAUUCAAUCCAGCCAAAAGAAUAUCUGCCUACAGCGCUCUGUCUCACCCAUACUUCCAUGACCUGGAGAGGUGCAAGGAGAACCUGGAUUCCCAUCUGCCUCCCAGCCAGAACACCUCGGAGCUGAACACAGCCUGAGGUCCCAGCGGCUGCCUUGCGCUGAUGAUACACAAGGAGGCCCUUGGUGGCUGGCAGGUCCCCCAGGAAAGCCCUGCAGAGCUGUUGAGGAUUGCUGUCUGGAGGCCUUCUAGCCACCAUCUUCUGGACGGGCUCUGCUUCUCCAAGGAAACCACCUAGUUUACUGAUUUGAAAUCAAUGCAAAAGUGAUUGCAGCUUUAUGUUUUGUUUGUUUGUUUGUCUGUCUGUCUGUCUGUUUCAAGAACCUGGAAAACUUCCAGAAGAAGACAAGCUGCUGACUAAUUGUGCUGCCAUUUCAUUUUUCUAACUUUGAACGCUGCCAGGGUGAAGUGGGCAGUCCAAGCACAGCUGAGCUAUGAUGUAAUCUCUCUGCAGCUGCCCAGGCCUCAUUUGGUACUUUUGAGAGAGAGAGAGAGAGAGAGAGUGAGAGAGUGUGUGUGUGUGUGUGUGUGUGUGUUUUGUGAUCUCUUAAAGUGUUACUUUUUGUAAACAACAUAGAAUAAUUGCAUUUUAGAGACCAAUAAGGUGUUUAAAGGUGACAGAUAAAUAACGGGCGUCUGUUGACUAAAGGUGAUUCACCAGAAUGGGCUUCUCAAAUUAUAGAACUUUGAGCCUUUGUCCUCAGCAUUUCUUUUCUGGCCAAAAACAGUAAAUUUGCUAGCAGUAAAAGGUUCACUACCUAGAUGAAGUUUUAUACACACAGCAAAAAGAAAAAAGAAAAAAUCCUGAUAUCUUUUAAGAGACCUGUUUCUAAAAGCACACAGUCUGUUUACUCUUCGAAAAGCUGAAUUUACUUAUUUUAAGUUGGUUUUAGCCUUGUGUAUAAUAUCAUGCUUUAUUGUUUCUUUUGGAAAAUUACCCUGUAAGCUUUUUUAUUAUUUACUAUAGGUUUAGGGAAUGUACCUCAAAAAGUUUAAAAAAAAAAAGUUAUCCAAAAAAUAGAAAAUGCCUUUAUUUCCUGAUUUGGAAUUUCUUUAUUUCCUUUUGGUUUUUGUUGUUAUUUUGUUUUGUUUUUGUUUUAAGAAUUUGUCAGAAACUGUUUCCUGUUUUGGUUUGGAGAGUAGUUCUCUCUGACUUGAGACAGGAGUGCCUUUUAACUUUUCCCUGCUUUUUACACUGUACGUUCCAUCAUGCACUGCCUUAUUUGCAAAGUAUCCAUUUUGUCUGUCCCCCAGCACCUAUAAUAUAUGUUGCUACCAUUACAUAACUAAUAACAGAUUGCUUAAACUGUUCAUGCACCACCUGUUUUAUUUCUUUCAAUGAACAUUUCAUAAAUACACAGAGUCAGGUUUUGGCUCGCGGUCUCAACAACACAGUUUUAGCAAGGUCCCAUAUGUUCUCAAUUUAAUGCGAUUAUCCUAUGGUGGUGUUCACAGUUAUUACCUAGGAAAUGAGUAGAAUACUUGUUCUGCUCCAUCACCAGCACAUAGACUACUUUAAACUGUUACUUAGUGUUUUACAUUUUUAUAGAAUAUAUUGUCAGUGCAGUAUCUAAGAGAAUGUUUUUAACUAUUUUUUAGAGACAUUAUGUAUAUUUACUCUAUAAAAUGAUCUUUCCCCCAUCCCCCAGGCUGUGCUCCUUCCUAGUGCCUUGUGCAUAUCCCUGCUUUCUGCAGAGCCAGCCUGGCCCAGCCAUCCUGAACAGCUUCACUCUUUCUCUUGUUGUUUUCUUGCCUUCUAUAGUCUUUUCUAUUCCAAACCAUCUCUGCCGUAUACACGGUUCAGUGUUCAUUCGGCUCUCAUAACCAGAAAAUACAGAAAUGAAGUAUUGGGGUGUAAGUUUAGCUACCUGUACUUUUUCUGACUCAUGUUUUGAGAGCGUGAAACAGUUAGACCAUGUUCAGAGUUAGGAUUUUGAAAGAAUGGAGAAUAAUUACCUUGUAGAAAAUGUUCCAGAUGAUGUUUAUGCAUUAUAAAGCCUUACUAAAUUCUUGAAAGCUUUAUAUUGCAUAUGACUGUUUUGAAUAGAGAUAAAUUAGAUGAUGUUUCUCCUGAAAAGUUUUUGGAUUGGGAACCAUUCUCUUUUUAAACAUAUAUUGUUGAACAUUGUUCUAAUUCAGUAGUUUGAAGGACAGAAAAUUUUUCUAAAGCAAGAUACAAAUGAUAAGAUGGGCCAUAAGAAUGUUUUACACUUUCUUCAUUGUGACAGUGCUGAUUAUGUUUUGUCAUCACUGUAAAUGCUUGAGAUAUAAUUAAUCCAGAGAUUGAGGGUAAGUCAUACUCUCAGUCUCACCCAGAAAGGUGAGUUCUGCCUUCCCUUUGAUAGAGGAUCAAACUACAAAGAUUUGCUGGGGCCUAGAAAUUAAUUCAAAAGCUCAGUGCACUGAUUCAUCACUAGCUAUUUGGUCAGUAUCCAUGGUUAGAGUAAACAUAACUUUAGUUUUUGCUUUUGUAAAAGUUUAUCAUAAGUCAGCUCAAGAAAAAUGCAUCUGUUCUAAACUGGAAUUUUCAGCAUUCUUUAGAAUUUUAAAUGAGUAAAGAGCUCAGCUUUUCUUUAUAGAAUAUGCUUUUGGUUUGUUUCUCUGUACUGUUUGUAAAGAAAAAUAGAGCACAAGCAUUUUGGCAUUAGAGACUUGUCAAAUUAUGCUCUGAUGAUGCAGGAGAGGGCGUCUUGGCCUCUCUGAACUUUGUCAGGGGCUGGCCCCAGCUCUUCCAUCCUUGUGGUUGUUGCACUUGAGUGAUCACCCUCUGGUUUCAUGUCUUUUACAUCCGUGCUCACCACUUCAGGUCCAUAUCCCACACAAGCAGCCUUGCCUUUGGGACACUUUGAAGCAUUAUACCAGAGUAAAAACUUAGUGAAUACCACUUAUUCUUCUGUGACAUGUGGUUUCAGACAUCUUUGCCAAAAACUGGGCAGUGAUUAGAAAGGUCGCACUAUCAGGGUUAUAUAAGCUUAUAAGAAGUAGAAAUAUGGUAGAUUUGAAAUCACAAUUUGAAUUUCUUACUAGGAUUGGUGCAAGAAUAUGCCUGAUAGUUUCCAUAAGAGGUUUGGUUCUGGUGGCCCAAAUAUUGUGGGAAUUGUUGUGCAUUUAAAAAGAGAAAGAGAGAAGCCUGUCCAUUUACCCAUCGUUAAACUGUCACGUAAACUGCAAUAAGGACCUAACCUUUAAAAUACAAUUCAUGAAAGCUUCUAAUAAGAACCCAGUGGGCUGGAUCCUCCCACUUUGUCCCUCCUUUGAAGUGGAUGGGAAUUUAAGGUGCAAAAAACCUGUCCUGGAAGAAAGCUCAAGGCUGUUACAGACCCUUGUACUUCUUGAUAGGCACACACUGUGAAUGGCAGGCUUUUCGUUUAGCCCCAGGUGACCUUCUGGAAUUGUUCAAAAUUAUUCACCUAAGAAUGGAAUCUCAGAAUUUUAUUUUUAAGUAAAAUAAAAAUUGCAGUAUGUACAUGAUGUUACUAUCUUAAAGAAAAUGCAUUCCUUUUAAUAGAAGAAUCUAGUUUGACUCCAGAAUGUGGUACUGUCUUUAUGAGAUAACUCUUAAAUAGUACCAUUACAUAUUAAAUCUUAAAUUAUGUAUUUGAAUUCAGUUUUUAAAUAACUGUAGCUGCUUCUCUUAAAAAUUAUGCCUGUUAGAUUCAGAAUAGGAAAUCUUGUUCCAUUGUGGAAAUUAAAUCAUGUAAGCUUCCUAACUUCAUAAUUAUAUUAAAAUUCAUCUGUGCAAAGAAUUACUUCCUUUCUUUUAAGUGACAAUUGACUAUUGUUAUGAUAAGCACAUGAGAGUAUCUGACAUUUUUCAAAAGCAGGCUUUUGUUGUAUAGUUGUGUAUAAGAAAGAAUAAUGUGAAAAGUUAAUAUGCCACCAUAAAUACUUAAUUGCAUUAGUUUAGCAACUACAAAAUAUUUACUUGGGGAAGAAAAUAUUAAAAUAUAUAUUCUUAGAUAUUGAUGGAAUUCAAAAGAAUACAUGUUUUACAUUGUUACAGGUAAAAAUAAAGAUGUUAUCUGAUUUCUAAAUCUUUAAAAAUUAUUCAUAAAAUAGUAAUCAAUGGAUAGGGAAAAUUCAGAAUAAAUGAAGGUAUUCAAAGGACAGUUUCAAAGUUAUUGUUGAAGGAUGUAUAUAUUAUUAACAAAUAUGUUAUAAGAACUUAUAUGAAAAUCACUUGACAACUAUGGACUUCAUAUGUUCAAAAACAAAUUUUAUGGAGAAGAUAUUCCAAGCACAGUUACCAUUUCAAAAGUUGGGCUGAACAAACUAAACCAUCUAUAUUCCUUCCUCAUUUCAUAGGGAAGAAGCAGUCACAUGAACCUACACCAAUAAUGCAUGACUAAGAAUGUUCAUUGUAAAAAUUAAAACAAAUUUUUAAAAGGCAUAUGUUUCUAUGCCACCAGGAUUUUUUAAAAAUUGUGAACCUUACCCAAAACAAUUUAUCAUGUGCAUUAAAUACCUUUAGAUAUAUAAUUAGCUAUAUAUUUAACAUGUUCCCUCUCCACAAUGGAAAAACUUCUUGAGGCUACCAAAAGCCUGUCAAUGUAAGUCCUCAGAUAAUUAGUAAGUGUUCUCCAAAAGCAUGGGAAACAGCAUUUUCAUUUCUUACCGGCUCCCUUUUUUACAUCAAUGCCAUUUUUAACAGUUUUGGUGGCCAUUGGGUACAGACCUAUAUCUCAAGCAUUUCUAACUUGUACUUUUCCAGAAAAUAAACCAAAAAUAUUCUUUUGGCCUUCUUUAUCUUCUUACCUUUGUAAACAACAGAAAUACAGAAACGGAAAGGGUCUGGGGUAUUUUUUCCUUUUUUUUUUAAAUGAAGUACCAAUCGGCUUUUCAAAAUGUUUUCAUUAUUAGCAUUCCCAGGAAGUUAAUUCAGAUAAAUGAAUAUAUUUAAGUCCACAUAUUUGUUUCCUUAACACUGGUGCUCCGUCCUUCAGCAAGAAAACUGAAGAGCCACCUGAAAAUGAGCAUAGGCUUUUUUCAAGCAUCUAGUACAGCAAUUUGAAGUGAAUAUAAGGUAAGAAAGGGAAGUGUUUUGUUUUUGUUUUUGUUUUUGUUUUUUAUUGCAAAAGCAUGUAUGUUAAAUUCACACUGUCCUUGUUUUAUUCCAUUAUAUUCCACAAGAUGGCACUUUCAGGGAGGUAAACAAAACAAAACAAAAACCUUAAAGACCAAGGUCAAAGAGGUACUUCUAAAGACUUUAUUCUAAUUUUAUUUUUCUGCUUAUAUUUAACUCUUUCGGCCUUUCAUUUAUGGGCUCAAACUGUUUUUCACUUGUUUUUCAAGGUGACUGAUAGCCUUCAUAAUGUUAUAUAACUUACAAGUUUUAAUUGUUUGCUAGUUUCUGGACAGUUUGUUAUAAAGUAAAUUUGCUUGAGGGUGGAUAAUAGACCCAUUUUGAUCAUUUGAGUGAAGAAAGCCUAGUCAUUCAGUUCUUCCAGGCACAUUUCUUUUAAAGGUACCUGAUUACCUGACACUUUUCAAGGUGCAGAAGUUAAAAAAACAGACAAGGCUUGCUUACUGAGAAAUCAACCCUCAGUUGUGAACAGGACAGUUUAGUAAGGCGUGUAAAAUUCCUAUGGUGUCCUCAGGCAAAAUACCACACCCCAGUCUGCUGCUUUCAUAUCCCCUACAUGGCAGCCGUUAAGACAUGGAAGCACACAUCUUCAUUUAAAAAGAUCCGAUGAAGCAAGAUAAUUAAUGGAUCAGAAAUUAAGUAGACAAAACUACUUUUUUCUCAAGGACUGCUAUCCUGAAACAGAGCCCUAAAAUACUAAAAAACUUGGUAAUUUUUACAUGUGUGUAUAUAUAUGCUUAUGUUUUCAAUCACAGGUCUGCUCAGAGACCCAUUAUUCUCCAGAAGGUUUAGUUAAGUUUGGAAGUCACUUUCCUCAACAGAAUCACUGGAAUUUAGAGGGAAGGAAAUUAUAGUAUUUUUCAGUUUCCUCAGCACAGCACAAGAGAAGGCAGUUUAUUCCUUCCGAGUGGUAGAAACUCGAUAUCGCCUGCUUAACUUAAAAGAGUAACAGGCAGCAAGUCUCAGUAAUUCAUACUGAAUCAAAACAUACACACUAGGGCUAAUAAAAUGUGCCUUGAGAAGGCAUCAGUCUCAUCCUUCUACUCAAAACCCACCGUAGCAAAUUCCAGUUUGAGCCCAUAAAUGAAAGGCCGAAUUAAAACCCAAAGUUGGUUAUUAGUGGGCCAGUUUGAAUUCCAUUUGCUCGUGACUCCCACGUGAAAACUUCGUGGAUGUGUUGCAUCUUCUCCCAGCCCUUCUUGGGCAGGGGAGGGGCAGUGAGCGGAGCUAACCCAAGACCUGCCUGCCCCGCUCACCUGAUAGUGUCUGAAAUGAUGUACGGACCCGGCAGGCUACUGGCCGAGGUCUAAGUGUGCCCUGCUGCUGUCUCAGAGACAUCUGUUCUGCACUCUUAAGAAGAAAAAUGUCCCUAGAAGUAAACAGAUGUCUUCUGUGCAUAAACAAGUACAACACAAUUCUCCAAAAGUUCGGGUAUAAAGAGAUGUAGUAGAGGCUGCUCUGUGUGAAGCUGUCUGCCAGGCAUCUCUCAAGCUCUAAGCUCAGCUUUUUUUUUUUUUUUUUUUUAAGAGAAGAUGUAUAAUUACAGGAAAGAUGUUUUUAUUUUUUUAUUUUCUAUCAUUCUACAUAUAUGAUGGCAAAAGAUAGCCUGGAAAGGUUUUGUUUUGAAAAAUUGUUUAUUUUCUGCUUCAUCUUCAGUUGGCAAAGGCUCCUAACUCUAUAUAUAGUUUCAAAACUCUUCUCUCUUUCUUUGUCAAGUAAUUGAAACUAUGUAAACAAAUUAUCUCAUGUAUGAAGGGAUGUUCCUGUUUAGAGGAACUUUUUGUGUGAAUUACUUCAUGCAAAUAACCCCUUCUCUAUUUUAUGAGUGUGGAUUGUCAAGUGUAGGUUUUUUAAAUGGGGACACAUUUCUGUACAUAUUGAUUACCAUAAACUAUGACUGCGUAGCACUAAUCAGCAAGCAUAGAGCCACACAAUUAUUUAAUUUCUAAGUUUGUGGUUUCUAGCCAAAUUCCGUUGGUGUGCUUAUGUUAAAGUUCUGAAGAUACCUUUGUACCCUUACUUGAAAGUUUCUAAUCUUAAGUUUUAUGAAAUGCAAUAAUAUGUAUUAGCCAGCAAUAUUUCUGAGAGCACCAGCAAUUUUAAAUUUGACCUUGAAGCCUCUGAUUAAUGAAAAUAGGUUCCAGCAGUAAUAGAUUUCUUGAACCCCCCAAGUGCCUCAUAAUCUUUUCGUUCUGGUCCUGUAUUUGCAAUGAUGUACACAUGUUUAUUACAGUUCCUCACUUAUUUUGUACUCAUUUUCCUGUGACCAGUAAUAAACGUAUUAGUUAGCUCAUGGAAUUAAUGGCACCAACUACCCCUAGAAUCAGCACUUAACAAGUUGGGGAAUUUUUAUUUCAAGUUGUUCUACAUUUACAUAAAUUAUUUCUAUUAUUAUUCGUGUAUAUUAUUUAUUUCUGAAUCACACUAGUCCUGUGAAAAUGCAGCUGAAGGCAAAAAGUGUAGAACUUGCAUUUAAUGUUCAUUAUCAUAGUCUGGAUGGAUGUCUUGAUGAAGCUAAGAAAAUAAAAAUUAGACUAAGCCCCCUAAUAAGCUGCAUGCAUUUUAACGUGAUUACUAGAAUUUAAGACUGUAGAUGUAGCCUUUUGGGUGUCUUGGUCUUUUAUCAUUGUAUAAAGGAGUUAAAGGCAGAGGACUUUUAUAGUUUUGCUUUUGUCAAAUAUGCAUAUAGUGUAGUAUAAAAAUAUAGCAAAAUAGAAACUAAAGCUAGACAAGCAUUUCAAAUACUGCCUUCAUUUAGAAACUUUGCCAGAUGACCAUUGGCGUAGAUGCCAAUCAGAGACUGGUGCCUAGGUGAUACCUCCCCUGCCCUGGCUUUGUGAAGAAGUUUCCUUCUCGUGAGCAAGUGCCCUCGUAGGUAUUGUGUGUGAUAGUGGGAACAGGUAGAACUGUUGUAAAGACAGCAACCUGAGAGCUUUCUGUAGAAACAGAAUUAUGUCAGCUUGUGCCUUGAGGCUUCCAGGAUGUGUCAGAUAGAGGAGUCUUAAGUUUCUGUGCUUCAGGCAACUUGAGUUUUGUACAGAAGCGAUCCAGUCUGGUAAGAAAAAACAAGGAUUGCAUGUACAAUAUUCAAGAAUGGGAUUUUAACAACUAACAAUGCCCAACACUAUGAAAGUUUGUUGCAUUUCUGGUAAUUUAGGUUUUGAUCUGAAGGUUAAAGGGCAAGUGUUUUCGUUCAGAAAAGCAGUAUGUGUUAAGAAGAGCAGAGUAUCGGUUCCCAUAGAGUGCAGCUUAGAACUAGAGAGUUUUAUAGGAUUAUCAUUUCUGAGAUGUAAAAGCAUGUUUUCACUGUAAAAGGUAUUAGUGUUUCUGCAUUCCCAUAGUGUCUAGUUAAAACUUUCUUCAAGGUUUCAGCAAGGGUGUCACCCACAGUAAACUUUUUUGUUUUUCAACUUAUUCUUAUAAUAGAAAAUGUUUUAAAAGUAAAAAAAAAAAAAAAGAAAGAAAGAAAGAUCCUAAUUUGGACAUUUAACUUGUUGGUUUCUGUGUUUGAAGUCACAGUUUUGGAAACGUAGAGGUUGUGCUUGUCAGAUAAUAAUCUAGACUGCGCAAGUCCGCCCAGGAUGACUGACUCCCUUCCCCAGCCCCUGUGUCUCUUCCCUCCUUCUAAAAUCCUCCCUGCUACUAUCCUAGCUACUCCACGUGAUCCCCCAUCCACCUGUGCCACUCACUGGGUAUCAGACACGUGAUGAGAGAUACUUUAGGCACCAUGGGUGUGCUCGCCUAGGCCAGGCCAACACCCCACUUGACCUUCAGUUGAACAUAGUCAUCUUGAGAAGGUUCCUGAUGUGGGCACAAAGUGUGCUCAUGGCACCAAUUACAUAUCCACUCUAGCUUCUUUGCAUACAUCUUGAUUUUUAAACCAAGUCAUUCUGCAGAGCAUUUAGUUUGGGCUGUUGUGGUACAAAGAGAAAAAAUAAGCAAGAAUACAAACCACAUUCCAGGCUGCUGUUUUCAACCCAAUCGCAAGCUAUACUUCUACUGUAUUUCUUCAUACUUGAAACUCAUUCUGCUAUAUUCAUAUCAGGGUACAGACUUAAAAGGGUGCAUGUUCCUUAAAGGUGCAUAAUUACUCUCAUUCCGUUUGCUCAUAUUGCUACAAAAUGCUCUGUUUUGGUGCUUCGGGUUCAGCAGGUUAAAAGAAGCAGGGUAGAAAUUCACUGCCUGGAAUAGUCUUAAAAGAAUUUUGGCAGAUGACUUGGUGUUUGAUGUUGUUUCUGCUUGGUUCUCUGUACACGAGAUUGAGGGUAACUGCACCGGCCUGUUGGGUCCACUCGGAUGUCGGCUGUAUAAAACCUGUGCUCUCCCAAGUGUGGGUGCAGUCGGCUCUCUGAAAGCAGAAACCUUCCUACAUAUCUGGAUUGUUUAGCCCUCAAAGAAAAAUGGCCUUGGGUAUAAACAGGAGCAGAAUAGGAAGGGCCAUCUCACUCUACUGACCAUCCAUCCCUCCAUUCCACAUAGAAAGCCCUCCCGAGGCAAGAAAAAAUAAUAAUAAUAAAGCUUAUCUCUAAGCUUCCCCUCCUCAUAGCCUCCUGAGCUGAAUGGUCUUGCUUUGUUCCCUUGAGGCAAAUGAAAAUACAGGUCAGUUUAUCUAGACCCUUCCUGCCUGAAGAGAAUACAAAAGUAGGUGUUUAGUCAGGCAAAAUAUGUAAUCCAAGGACCACAAAAACUUACAUUAAAUACCUCAUCACUAGAAAUCUCUCUGUUAAAAAAAGUAGUUCAAGUAAGGGAUGCCUUAUGACCCUGAAUUUCUGAGGUCAGUUGUAGCCUUUCUAGCAUGCGCCUUACUCGAGGACUUCUUUGGAGAGAGAGAACUGCAGUGGUGACUGUUGCCAUCGCAAAGGUAGAAUGUCAGAAAAUUCAGAGGGUUACAGAAGAAUGAUCCUUUGGAAACUGGAUGUCUUACUGGGUGCUAGAAUGCAAAUUUAGGUAUUUAUUGUCAAAUAAUGGAAUUCAUUUUUUUUUUUAAUUGGUGUUGAAAUGUCACUGUCAAGUUAAUUGUGUUCACUUAUGCACAAGCUAAAUUGGAGCAAACAAAAUGGUUUGUACCUUUUGUACAACUUCUUACAAUAAAAAUAUCGGUAGCAAAUAAAAAUAAUAAAAACAGCAA